AGGCGUUUGGAGGCGUGGGGAGCCGGCCGGGGUCGAGCCUCCGAGGAGGCCGCUGGAACCUCCGGGCAGCCAGUGCCGCAUACGCCGCGCGCAGCGAGGGGACACCGCAGACCCCCUGCCCCAAACUUCCAAGUCCGGAGCAGGGGCGAGACGCUGGGCAUCAAGACGGGUGGCAGCCUGUCAGGACGCUGUCCCCCUCCCCGGAGACCGCCACCUCCACCCCGCCUCUGCUGAGUCUCAGCCCCGAUUGCCUUUGGCCGGGGAUGAAGCCCGGAGGCGGUGGCCCCACGGCGGCCCCGGAGUCCGAGCCGGCGGACAGGCCGCUGGUUCUGCCGCGGCCCGGGGCCUGUCCCGCUGACGUGCGGCUCUGCGGCCACCUGCGGAAGCAGAAGUCGCAGCGCCGCCGCUUCUUCGUGCUCCGCGCCGACCCGCCGCGCCUCGAGUGCUACGAGAGCGAGAAGAAGUUCCGCGCGGGCCGAGCGCCGCCCAAGCUCAGCGUGAGCCUGGCGGGCGCGUGCACCAUCAGCAAGCGCGUGGACGCGCGCCAGCGCCACCUGAUCGUCCUCUACACGCGCGACCGCAGCCUGGGCGUGGCGGCGGCCUGCGAGGCGGAGCAGCGGGCGUGGUACAGCGCCCUGCUGGAGGCGCGCGCGGCCGCGGGUCCCAGCCUCCAGGAGGACCCGGGCGCCUGGAUUCUCGCUCCAUUUCAGGACGUCUGGCCCGUGACGCUGCGGCCCAAGGGACUGGGGCGAACACGAGGCCUGGGCAGUGGCCGCUACCGCCUGUACCUGGGUUCGGGGGUCCUGAGCCUGCUGCGGAAGCCCAAGGGCAGAGGCUCUGGGGACACCCAGGCUUCGCCUCCGCCGCCUGCCCUGCGCCUGUCCCUGCUCAGUGUGCGCCGCUGCGGCCACGCGGACUCCUUCUUCUUCCUGGAGCUCGGCCGCUCUGCGCCCACGGGUCCCGGGGAGCUGUGGCUACAAGCGCCCGACGCCCUGGUGGCCCAAAGCAUUCACGAGACAGUACUGGCCGCCAUGAAGCGACUCGGGGAGGGCGGUGCCACUGGUAGGGCUGAGCCACUGCCAAGGGAUCCCCCGACCGGCGCUUACAGACCCUCUGCCUCCCGAUCUUCUCCGACCCUGGCCUGGACGGCCCAGUCAAGCGGCGGGAGCCCUCGCGGGGCCCUCAGGGAGAGAAGCAGGAAAACCACCCUCCAGACGCUGGCAACGGCAGCCUCGCACCCCAAGGACUUGGAGCUGGAAGGGGGCUACGUAGCCAUGGGAGCCGGGAGCGACUAUGAGCCCAUGGGGGGUGGCAAAGCGGGUGGCUACAUGGUGAUGGCACCCCCUGGCCUUGCGGCCUCUGCCCACGCAACCCCCCACGACCAGCUCCAAGUUUGCGGAGGCACCGAAUAUGUGCCCAUGAGCCGCUUUCUGCCAGGGUCCUUGUUCUCCAGCUCCCUGCCCGGUUCCUAUGAGCUCCGGGCGGGGGAGUCUGGACCUUCCUUCCAAGGACCACGUCGCGGCAUGGGGGCAUGCUGGGGACCAGCAGGGGCUCAUCCCUCCUUGCAGCCACCCUCAGAGCUAGCAGGGGAGUACGUGUGCAUCAAGUACGUGGCCCCUGACUACUUAGGAAUGGGCACUGCCACACAAGAACCCCCCAACGGCCGCCUCAAUUACGCUGACCUGGACCUGAUCCCUUCACUGGAGGUUCGAGGCGACAGCAGGAACCCACAACACAGCUAUGCCCGCAUCGAGUUCCAGAACCUCAGGGAGGCUCCGGUGAGAUGUGGGCAGCUCCGCCCUGUCUAGCUGAGGGAGGGAUGGGAAGGAAGGGAGAGAACAGGGCAAAGUUAUGAAUGCCUUCCUGCCUGCUCCCCUCAACCCCUCUCAAACUGUUCCCAAAACAAGAGGGGCUCUCAGGCCCCCUAGGACCUGCAACUUGCAGGAGCUCUGAGCUGUCCCUUAGGUCCUGCUGUCCAUCCGUCUCUUCCAGAUGUGGUACCUGAGAAACCUUCAGGAAAGGCUCCCCAAGAAGCUGGAUUCUUUUAAGGGAUAAAAUUCUAGAACCACCCUCCCCGCUUCCUACCCACAAACCCCUAGGAACUCCAGGCUUUCUCACCCAAAGCCCUGAUCCUUUCCUUCCUGGCAGAGUUCCUGCAGCAUCGCUCUGGAGUUUCAGGUCAGCCCUGGCCCCCAACCCUGACCCCCAUGACUGGUCCCACAAGGACCUGCUCCUCCCCACCCCGCACCUGCACGGCCUGCCUGUAUCUCCUCGCAGCCAAAGAACCAGUCCCGGCCCCAGGGCCGCAGAGCAAGAGGACUGGAGCACCAGGUAUCUU